UUGUUCAUCCCCUUUCAAUCACCACUCAGGUUUGCGGCAGCCAUUUUCGUUCUCUCUUGAAGAAAGAAUUCAGCCAUGGCUGCCUCAAGAACAAUGUCGACCAAAGAAGCCGAUAUUCAGAUGAUGUUGGCAGCCGAAGUUCAUCUCGGAACCAAGAACUGUGAUUUCCAGAUGGAGCGUUACGUCUUCAAACGCCGCAAUGAUGGUAUUUAUAUCAUCAACCUUGGGAAGACAUGGGAGAAGCUUUUAAUGGCUGCUAGGGUUAUUGUUGCUAUUGAGAACCCACAAGAUAUCAUUGUUCAAUCUGCUAGACCUUAUGGUCAAAGGGCAGUUUUGAAGUUUGCUCAGUACACUGGUGCUCAUGCUAUUGCUGGAAGACAUACUCCAGGAACAUUUACUAAUCAGCUACAGACUUCAUUCAGUGAGCCACGUCUGUUGAUCUUGACUGACCCAAGAACUGAUCAUCAGCCUAUUAAGGAGGCUGCUCUUGGAAACAUUCCUACAAUUGCCUUCUGUGAUACUGAUUCUCCAAUGAGAUAUGUUGAUAUUGGUAUCCCAGCUAACAACAAGGGAAAGCACAGUAUUGGUUGUCUUUUCUGGCUUUUGGCAAGGAUGGUUUUGCAGAUGCGUAAUUCCAUUCCUCAAGGUCACAACUGGGAUGUCAUGGUUGAUUUGUUCUUUUACCGUGAACCUGAAGAAUCUAAGGAAAAGGAUGAGGAAGAUGUUAUUGCUGGUGCUGACUAUGUUGAUUUUGGUGCUUCUGCUAUUGGGUUGGGUACAGACCAGUGGACAAGCAAUAUUGCUGAUGCACAGUGGGCUCCUGAAGCUGCUGCACCAAUUGCUGCAGCUCCUGCUGCUGGUGGGUGGACAGCUGAAUCUACUGGUGAUGGAUGGGAUUCUGUAGCUCCACCAACCCAAGUGCCUGUAGCUGUUGAACCUACUGGUUGGGAUUAAACAAAGAAGUCUGCUGCUCCUUUUGCCGCAAACUUGUCUUUAUUUUUUUGAAAUGAAACUUUUUUAGUUGGAAGAGUAACAAGUUUCUUAAUUUGGUUUUGAAAGCAUUUUGUGUGGACAAAUUGUAGUAGUUGGCUGCUAGUAAUUCUACUCUACUCUUGCAUUAUUUAGUAGUUAUUGUUGGCUAACUCCCUACUAUUACAUACACCUUGAGCUCAAUUUUGUGUUGUUGGUUAAUAUUGCAAUGCAAUUCUGUUUUAAGUUAUGU